AUGUUUGCGUACAAACGAGAGCUCGUUUUUGUUUUACUCGUACAUAAACACGUACAUGCAACAAAACUGAUGAGUCGCAUUGACAUUGACAGUCGCUUCCACUUGCUAUCAGACCACCAUGACGAACCCCUGAUCUCGACGGCCAACGACAGCGAAAGUAACGACAAGUUUAGCAGCAACAACAGCAGCAGUAACUCACCCUCACCUUCUCCAACUUGCAGCAUGUCUCAUCAGUUCAGCCAGCCACCGAUGCACACGUCUCCAGCUCCAUCAACUUCGUCUACGAAACCUGCUGCCAGACAACCAAAAUCUCUACACCUGCACCACUACCACUCCACCAGCCUUUCGAAACCAUCCUCCAACUCUCCAUCACCUUCUGUCGCAUGCAGUGCCGGAAAUGCCAACCCGCUGAAGAAUGCUUUUGAUUCAUUGUUGCCCUAUUAUCAACAUUACAAGAUUCCGCUUUCUUUGGGACAUUCCACAAGGAGAAACAGCAUUUGCAUUCCGCAAAUUUCUAGACUGGCAACUAAAUCCACAUCUGGUGUAAACUUACUCAGCCAAUCAACAUCGAAUCUGUACGAUGGACCGGGCAACAUAUCGAGUGCGAGGUUAAAGUUCACGAGGGGUUCACUGGGUCAUUCAACUCCCAACCUAUCUCACUGCUCGACGAUUUUGACGAGGGAGUGGGCAAAAUUUUAA